UGGAGCGGUAGGAGGAAAGGCGAUCUUUCGUACCCUACACCGUGUGAGAUUACUCGCUUUCUCCAACGAAUUCACUUCACUUCAUGGAAGCAAGGGGCGCGAUUGUGUUGCUUUGCAAUCAGACACAAGUAUCCGAACACAUGCGUGCUGAAUUGAAUUUUUAAGAAAGUCUCGCUCUUUUUGGUGUUUUUCACCGCUUGCCUUGUUGACUGGUAUGGGAGAGGCAAGCCUGGCUCUGGACUCCGGAUGACGAUGAGUUUUGUUACGGGAUGUAAUAUUUAAUGCAACAGACGAAUUCGUCUACAUUUGGAUACCAGGCUGCGCAUUAUAUCCGCAUCAUAGAUCCCGCCAGAGAUACACAGUGAGUUUGUGGGAAAAGAGAAGAAUUAACAAAUGUGAAUAAUAAAUAUGACGUACCCGGAUCAGUGAAGCGCAACUAUUUUUUCUUUCCCCCUCAACAAACCUUUUAAUCGAACGGGUUGAAUACAAGGCUUGCGACCAAAAGUGACAUGAUUUCUGAGGAGACUAUUUGGUGCAGCGAAGCAAAGGAUGAGCUGGCGGUCAAUUCAUCGGUGGCAUGCUAGAUGGUAAAGACAUCAACUCAGCUGACUUCAAUAACAUUGCGAGGAUCCUUUGUUUUUAUUCAUAGUGGAUUUAAUAGACAACAACACUUUGAAAUUCCUCUUGGAUAUGUAACCAUCACGAACAAUUUUGCAUUGUACGGUGAUCAUCUGGAACCGAGGGAUAACUAAGGAUGUGAUAGGACUCUUUCCGGCAUGCGAGAAAAGUAUUGAUUUAAAAAAAAUAAACCUACAAGUGGUGUGAGCUUUCCCCCAUAGCGGUAUGACUUAGGCUUACUAAAUUAUAAUGUAGACUAAGCAAUCUAAGACUAAGUAGUAAUACUAAUAGUAGUACAACUAAUAGUAAGUGUACUGUACUAUUAUUGUACUGUCUAUAGCCAUAACACUUUGGGGAGGAACAAGGUAAGCUACUUAAGUGCGAUCCAAGCGAAUGUCGUUCCCUCCGUCUGUGCUGAGCUGGUCGCUGUCCCCUGCGCUGGUGGUGCUGAAAUUUGGAUAAUGCCUGGACUGCGACUGCAAGGCUGCCGCUCCCUUCACCUAAACGAAGACAACGGCCGCUUCUUGCUUCUUGCCAUCCUAAUUAUACUCUACUUGCUUUGCGGUGCUGCGGUGUUUUCCGCAGUCGAGAGGCCCUCGGAGCUCCAAGCCCACGGGCGCUGGAACAAGGCACUUUUCAACUUCAGCGAGACAUUCAACAUCAGCCUGCAGGAUCUGAACGCUCUCCUCCGGGACUACGAGGCUGCUAUCGCCGCCGGCAUUCGAGUUGAUUCUUUAAGACCAAGAUGGGAUUUUACAGGAGCUUUUUACUUUGUUGGGACAGUGGUGUCAACUAUAGGCUUCGGGAUGACCACGCCAGUGACGGUGGCCGGCAAGGUGUUCCUCAUCUUCUAUGGCCUGCUGGGCUGUGCUGCCACCAUUCUCUUCUUUAACCUCUUCCUGGAGCGCAUCAUCACACUCCUGGCCGUGGUCAUGAAGGCUAUCCGGCUUCGGCGGAUGCGCAACAGCGGCCUCCUGCCGCCGGGCAUCUCAACAGACUUCGCGGUGAGCGCGCUCCCCGGCUGGAAGCCGUCCGUCUACUACGUGAUGCUGAUCCUGGGCCUGUCGGCCAUCGUCAUCUCCUGCUGCGCCUCCGCCAUGUACACGCCCGUGGAGGGCUGGGCCUACCUGGACUCGCUCUACUUCUGCUUCGUCACCUUCAGCACCAUCGGCUUCGGCGACUUGGUGAGUAGCCAGAACGCGGAGUACGACCACCAGGCACUCUACCGCCUGGCCAACUUCCUCUUCAUCCUGCUGGGCGUCUGCUGCAUCUACUCGCUCUUCAACGUCAUCUCCAUCGUCAUCAAGCAGGUGCUCAACUGGAUCCUGGGCAAGGUGUGCUGCCAGCGCUGCAACAAGCCCAACGCCUUCCUGGGCCGCCGGAACGCCAUACGGCCCGGCUCGCGUAUCCGCUGCAGCCACAUCAGCCGCGCCAACGACUCGGACGGGCCCGGCGACAGCGACACGGAGGGCCGGCGGCUCUCGGGGGAGAUGAUCUCCAUGCGGGACUUGGCUGCCUCCAACAAGGUGUCGCUGGCCCUCAUGCAGAAGCAGCUGUCCGAGACGGCCAACGGCUACCCCCGGACAGUGGGCGGCGGCUCGCGGCAGAACGGCUUCUCGGGUGGGGUGGGAGCCCUUGGCAUCAUGAACAACAGACUGGCUGAGACCAGUAACUAGUGACCGAGAGGAACUCCCUAAAAACCUACAGGCAUGGAACAAUUCCUUAUUUAUUUGUUUAUUUAUUCAUUUAUUUAUUCCUAACUCUAACAACGAGAACAGUUUCAAUUGUAUCUCAACACCGUAGACACCUCUCCUAAAGGAUAGAGCCAAGCUUUGUAAUGAACUUUUUUAAUUUCUUAAAGAAAAAAAAAGAAA